GAUCUCUCCCUCUCUCACCAAUAACUCUCUUUUGGACCAUCCCGUUCCAGGAGGGGGGAAAGGGAAUAAAUUAAAUUGAAUGGCUGAACGGCUUUCAAAGCUCUGUAUGUCUACAGCUAAAUAAUCAAAUGAUCAAAUGAUGAUCAUUAAUUUGAUCAAUCAUGCGACAUAUACCCCCUAGCGUUAGUCUAUGCCUACUACCUGACCGACACCCUACUAUUUUAGAAGAUCUGAAAGUGUUCUGGAGUCAAUCAAAUCAUGGUUAUCAGAUUAAAAUGUGACAGUGUGUGGGUCACAUCUUCCCAUACUUUUUCAACCCUCGGUUGGAAGGUAACUUUCUCAACUUUCGCCUUCACACUUGUCUGAAUGUGCUUCGAGGAUAUCCUAUUACGAUGAUGCCAACCUCCUGUGCUUCAUGUCUGCACACCACAGCGAAGAGACUUACCUCAGGCCAUUGGACCAGACAGGACGAUCUAUUCUGAUCCCAGUCCAAACCCACAAGGUGGCCCUGCUGCCUCACCAUGCCCAAAGAGGACAAACCUCCUGCCUAUGAAGAAGCCAUCUCCUCUACCAAGUAUGAGGACUCCAGGCAUCAUCCACCGAACGGGCACCACGACUCUGGCGUCGGGCCCGAUCCUCCAACACCGCCGCCGGCUUACAGCCCAGGGCCUGGCACCUACCCUAGGCAGCCCGGCUACGGCGGCUACCCCCCUGCUGGCAGCAUGGUGGCUGGGACUGUCUUCCCUCCAGCCGGGAUGCCACCCUCCAUAAUACCCACUCUGUCCGCCGGAGUGUCCGACCACAGCCAAGGGGAUAUGGAUGAUUUUCUAAGCGAUCAAUGGGAGAGUGUUUCUGUCCGGCAUGCUUUCAUCAGAAAAGUGUACUUCAUUUUGGCUGCGCAACUUUCCUUCACUGUUGCGAUUGUAGCUGUGUUCACGUUUGUUGACCCAGUGAGACAGUUUGUCAUCGCUUACCCAGCUCUGUACUGGGCGUCAUUUGGAAUUUAUUUUGUAGUUUACUGUGUUCUCAUCUGCUGUAAGGAGGCAAGGAGGCGCUUUCCAUGGAAUUUUGUGCUACUAAUUAUUUUUACAGUUGCAAUGUCAUACAUGACUGGAACCAUCGCAAGCUACUAUGACACAAAAGCUGUGUUUCUCGCCAUGGGCAUUACGACAAUAGUUUGUUUGGCGGUCACAAUCUUCUGCUUCCAAACCAAGGUGGACUUCACUUCCUGCGGCGGUCUCCUGUGCAUCCUGGCCGUGCUGCUCAUGAUCCUGGGCGUCAUCACGGCCGUGGUGCUCUCCUUCCAAUAUAUCCCCUGGCUCCACAUGCUCUACGCUGCAAUAGGAGCCGUCAUUUACACGCUGUUCCUGGCCUACAACACCCAGCUCCUCCUGGGUAACCGCGAGCUGGCCCUCAGCCCGGAGGAGUACGUCUACGGAGCCCUCUCCCUCUACAUCGACAUUGUUCAGAUCUUCCUGUUCAUCUUGGAGAUCGGCGGAGCAGCCUUGGAGUAAGAGAGUAGGCCGUGGAGACCCGUCCCUGGCCUGGACAUAAUAUCGGCCUUCUUUGAUAUGUAUUUGAUCUGUUCCAAGGCUGUAUGAGUUCAUUGUUAGGUGUUGAUUAAACUGCAGUUAUUGGAAGUGGAUUAACUUUAAUUGAUAAGUAUAGCAAUCAUGAGCAUUGAAAUGACACUGGCCCAUGUUACAGAAAAAGAAGGGCAGAGUAAGUGUAUCUCUGCGUGUUCAUGAAUGUAUGGAGAAGAUGGCUACAGCGGUCAGAUCUUGAUAAAAUCUGAUUUGUUGAUGCAGUGAGUAGUUUCCCCACUAUAGUAAAUGUAUGUACCAUGUUGUGACCAGAUAUCAGUAUUGUAUUAGAAUAUUCUUGAUUUUGUAUGUUAUAACAUUAAAACAUCUUGAUCACUCCAUCAGCUCUGUAAACCAGGUGAGUGGAUAUACUGUAUUCAUCCCCGUGUGUAACCUCAUCAUAUUUGGUUCUUUAGGACUAGUUUAGUUCGAAAUGGUUACUUACUGACCCACCCAUCUUAUCAUACAAUACUUUUUCAGGAGUAAAAAGUAACCUAUCCAGGGUUGGAUUUAUGAUGUCAUAAUAUCACUAACUGCUUUUUAACGUUAGCGAAUACUGCCAUCCAAACAUUUGAGAUGUCAGCCAAUGAACUUGGCUUUG